UUUUUGCCUGAAUUCCUUUCUCAGAGAGUACCCCUAUGAAGAGCCUGAGCUGCCACAAUGACUACAACUCACAGGUGACCUGCACAUGGAUGGAGCAUUCAGAAGCUCAUGCCCUCGUUGGUAUGAGUCUUUACCAAAGGGAUAAUGUUAUAAUGGAGAACAAGAAGAUGCUUUGCAAACGCCGGACAGAAAAUGACUUGCAUGGGGCUCCAGACUCCUACGUGCACUGGCUUUGUCACACCACUACAGACUAUUUUGGAAUAGGGGUAGAUGAUACUUACAGCUUCAAACCUAACAAGAUGCUUCAAGCAGAAUUAAAUGUUGAUCUUUUUCAAAAUGUUCAGACCCUCCCACCUAAAAAUCUCUCAGUCAGCAUGAUGAGAUCAGGAGAUUUCUUGCUGACCUGGAAAGCAGCUGAUGGAAGCCAAGGGCUGGGCAAUGCACUGGACUAUGAAGUGACAUACAAGCGGGAGUGGGAGUCCUGGGAGAACGCCACUUCACUCUUGCUCUCCAACACCACACGUUGCCAUCUCAGCCACAAGGACCUUGUCCUGGGGAGCAGCUACGUUGCCCGUGUGCGAGCCAGACCAGGGUGGGCCAGUGGCUUCUCUGGGCAGUACAGCGAGUGGAGCACGGAGGUGUCGUGGGAGACCCCUGAAGGUGGCCUUGAGCCCAGGAAUCUUCGCUGCCUCUUCAAUGGUGCGGGGCCCCUCCAGGAUCACCGUACGUGCUCUGCCCAUGGCAGCAUGCCUGCACCUCUCCCAUGGAGUUUCUGCUCUGUCCCAUUCCCCCAUCUCAGCUCAAGUCCUUUUUCUCCCCUCAGAGAAGAGGAGUGCUCUCCUGUGCACGAGAAGGCAUUGCCUCAUGUCCCGUACGUGGUCCAGAGCUGUGAGAUCCCUGUUAGCAACGCCAGCCACCAGAGUCAGUACAAUGUGUCCGUCCGGGCCAAGAUGGAGGAGAAGAUGAUUAACGCCUACAAGAACAUUAAGGUGCUGCCGCCCACAAAUGUGUCAGUAACAGCGACAGAGAACCAAGAGUAUGAACUGAGCUGGAAAAAACACACUUUUAAAUAUGACUUCAUAAAACAGAGAUACGAAGUCGAGUACUGGAAAAGCGACGAAGACACACAGCGUCCCCACAAGUUAAAUAUCAGCAAUGAUGAACCUCCCUUCACCCUGCAGAUGCUGGCAGCAUCUACAGAAUAUAGGGGGAAAAUGCGUGCAAGGGUCAAUUCACCCCCAGGUUACGAGGGGCCAUGGAGUGAAUGGAGUGAGGAGUUCACCUGGAAGACCGAGAAUGUUCUGCCACCAGUGGUUCUCCCGGCAAUGUUCCCAGCUCUCAUCAUCACUUUCCUAAUAGUUGCUUAUUGCAGCUACAAGUAUUUCCUCAGGAAGAAGCAAAUGUGGGAGGAAAAGAUUCCAAACCCCAGCAAGAGUCUUCUGAUCCAGAGCUACCUGGGGAAAGUACAUUUAGGAAACUGGUCAGCAAGCAGCCAGCUGGACUUCAACAAAUACAACCUUUCAGAGAAGAUGGAGCAGGCUAGCUUCCUUCAAGUUGUGGACAGGCAGAUGAAGACUUUGGCAGAGUACCCUGAAGGGCAGGCUAAAAAGACAAACAUUUCCCAUGUUGCACUGGACCUACAGAACUCAUACCAUGCUUUAAAUGAGCCAGAGCUUGUCCCAGUUGCCUGCACAAGUCAGAUUUCUGGUCAUUCCUUUCCUGUUUCAAGGAGAAACAGUGCUGAUGCAAGUAAUGCUUCCCAGAGAGCAAUCCCUUGCUUUGCUUUCAACGGUCCUUACUUGUACAGCCCAGUGAUGUCAUCCCAGCCUGAUAUGCAUCAGACCCUGGAAGCGGACCCAGUGGGAGUCCGUGAGAAAUCAGUUUCCCUUCAGUAUGUGACCCUCCCAAAGGAAGACUGUCCCCUGGCUCCACAGAGGCAAGAACAGCCAGGAGCAGGUCCUCCACAGCCCUUCCUGCUCCCAGAGCAGAAGGAAAUGAUGCAGCACCUCAACAAUGAGCAAGAAGUCUCACCAGCCCCACCAGCCUGUGGGAAAGGCACAAGCGUGAGACCAGAAGGGCAGAAAUCUCCCAAGGCCCUUAGCCAUAUGGUGUCUCCUCAGAACUGCCCCUUGGAGUACAUCACCACAGAGAGCCCAUUGCUGCCAUCAGCCAGUGACUCCACCCACCCGCCACUUGUCACUGCUGGGGAUGUACCUUGUGACUCACAGGAGCCCCAGCCCCCCAGUGACCACCCUUGCCAUGAGUUUUGUCCUGGGAAAACCGCUGUCAUGGUCCCAGUUGCAGAUCAAGCACCAACCUCUCCUCCUGAAUUGCACCUGGAUACAUUUGGAGACUAUCUUACUGUCCCUUUAGGUCUCCAUGGACAUUCAGAACCCACAAAGCUUUCUUUGCCCAUCUUACAGAAGGGAAACGAUCUUCCUAGGAAGCAGCCUUUGUCAGAAGGUAACUUGGUGGUGUUAAACCCUGACAGCACUGAGCCAGUUUUCCUUUGCCAGGUUGGUGACUAUUGCUUCCACAGCCUAAAGUCCAGCAUGAAGACGGAUAUUAGUCAGGAAGACCACCAAGUCAAGAAACCUUCUGAAGGCAAGACAACACCUGGGAAGCCUGUAUCUGAUGACAAAUCCAUCACUGGCAAUGAGAAGGAUGUCUCAAAAAUGCAGGCUAUUCAGCUUUUCAAAAACCUGAAAUCAGAUGAUUACUUUUCCUGGCAGCAAUCUUUGAGGAUCACAGAAAUCUGUUAAAUGGGCAAAUAUUAAUGAAUACCAAAACUAGAGGUAACUGAAAGAGCUCGCAACUAUCUGAUGAAAAUGAACCCUCAAGCCUAGGAACAAAGAAACGGCAGUUCCCUUUUCCAGCUUCCAGUCCAACAUGUUGAGAGACUUGAAGUAGCUCAGUAUCCUUCUCAAUGGCCUUCACAGGUUUGGCAUGAAAGACAAUCCAAAUAUUGCCCUUUGGUGUUUUUCAACAUUUUUGGCACAUCCACAAUGAACAGAGUUCAGCCUCCUCAUGAUCCUGUGACAGAUCACAGUUAUCUUGCAACAAUACCAGAUUGCCUGAGGCAAAACUUGUGGCUGGAAAUGCAGGCUUAACAGCAUGAACCGCUGUCAGAAGAUGACAGGCCUGGAAACCUUGGAAAGAAAACUUAAUAUGCUUAAGAGCAAUUCUGUUGAACUUUUGUGUGUGUGUAAAAUAGAUCCAAGAGUCACAAAGGAGCUUUCAUGUUUUUAUCUUUCCACUGCUGCCAUGAAGUAGGUGUUGUCUAAAAUGAGAAAACCCCAGACAGUAAUAGAAGAGUAAAUAAAAUUGAGAAAAAUUUGUUGAAGUCCAGGAAACAGGUACAGUCUAUCACUGCCUAUUCUAAGGGUAAGAAGGAAACAUUACUGGGGUGCAUAAAGUAGGCUGUAGAGAACCAUGGGGAAGAAGAUACAUUGCUGAAAGAAAACCGAAUGACUUGUAAGGUGCAGUGAGAGGAAGGGAGUGGGGGCAGGUAACAGAAAAUGACAGGCAAGAAAUGUUGUGAAGGUGCACAACCUGCUGGGGUUUUUCUAUUUCUAAGUGUUAAAGUACUAUAUGAUUUUCUUUUAAGUUCAUUGGCUGUCUGUGCAUGAUGUAAUUCAUCUUAACUACAUAAUUUAUUCUAAGGCUUUUUUUUCUGAGUAGUAAGAUGUGUUGAGAAAGAGGAAGAAUUUUUUUCCCAGUUCUGCUCUGAAGAAAGUGGUGCAAAGAAAGAGCGUUUUUUCAGAGUUGCCACACCAUGUUCAGUAAAAGGCUUUGGUUUUGGACCUGAAGGUGGGCUUGCAUUUGAAAAAAAACAUGUUUCUCUUUUCAAAUAUAAACCAUGUACUAAUAAAAAUACUCUUUCUUCCUAUAAAUCUUUCCUUUUGUAUGUUAAGAGCACUGUGGUUACAAUAACAUUACUAUUAGCUCAUCUGAUCAGACCUCUGUAGGUUCUGUAGGUUCAGCUAUGUCACCUGUGAGGUAGACUGUUUUCUCCUGACUUUGCUGUAUUGAGAGAGAUAAUGAGAAGGAGUUUUGUCUUUAUGCCAGCUGAUUCCUCCUGCUGGGUUAAUGGGACAGUGCUGAUUCAGAAAUUGCAGUGAAUUGUGUUGUUUUUUUCAGAAUUUAAAUCCUUGUAAAUACCACUUUAAAUCUCAAAGGUGUGCAAAUUCAGUUUGGUGUUCUUGACAGCAAAAGGCAGGCAGUUGCAGCCUCUGAUAGAGAAUAUUGAUGGUCACUUUAAGGGAUUUUCAAGGUAGUCCUUUCCUUAUUAAUGGAUAUUUUGUUAGUCUCUUCUUUGGCCUUUUAUGAGUAGAACAAACAAUUUCUUCCAGGCUGUAUGAUUGUGCUGUAUCUAGGCAUGUACUAAAUGGAGAUGUUCAAAUUCAUGUGCAAAUUUGGUAUCUGGAUUCACAUCUCAGAUACUGUUGUGAACACUGAUUUGUGAAUCCUGCUGACAGUUAAUUUGGUAGGAGUUUAGAAUUUACUUAUGACAAAUGGCAGGAUUUGAUUGUGAUAUUUUAAUAACACUCAAUCAUCAGUCAAUUAACAAAGUGAUUAGACAAAACUAAUCAAAACAGCGACUUAGUUAAAGAUUUGAAUAUGGCAAUGUUCACUCUUUUACUACGUGGAAGAAAUACACAAAGAAAAAUUAAGUUACACUCAGGUUAGAAUGACUCACAGAGAGAUCAUGGAUGCAGGGGAUAAGGAGGAUCCUCCUGUUGAGCCUCGAGAGCCACGAGUUUCAGGAUAGACCCCCUUGCUUUCUAAACUCCUUUUCAGAGAGGAGUCUAGGUGGGGCUAGGUCUAAUCUUAGUCUCAGACUUGGUCAACAGUUUAUGUCUAAGGAUAACAUAUAUAUAUUUCUAUAUCUAGCAGCAGUGUAAGACUCGUAAUUAAAUAUGCAUCACCUUGCUGGCCCUUGAAUUGCUGUGGUUUUAAUAACCAAGAAGAAUAGUGAGUGGGAGAACUUUUAUUCAGCUCAACGCCUUUUGGAUGAAGCCCACUUCCAUUGUGGUCAGUGCUCUAAGAGCUAUCCGAUCCUCCUGUCCUUCUGCACUUCACUGGGCAUUUGCAGAGGCCACUUUUGGAGUCAGGGUUUAUCGCUACACGAACAUUGGAUAUGACCCCACAGAGCAGGUAUUAUGACCUGAAAAUCACUUCAGGACCCUGGAACUUGCAGAGUAAGAUGCCAUUGUCAGGCUAGGGGAGCUGAACAGUGGUUUUCUUUUGCAACUGUAAGGACUAUUUUAGGGCAGAAUGAAUUUCUGCUCUAGGGACUUGUUCAAAAACCACCCAAGCAUCAUUAAAUAAAAUAUGUCAUGAACAUUAGAUGCAGGGGUCACAACUUAUGGCUCUGCUGCACUGCAGGAAUCCACUUCUUACUGGGUUACAGAAUCAAAGCUUCCAUAAACUUUAUCUGUUGCUGAUCCUGUGAAUCUUCCAUUCCCUUCUGCAUGAGGUCCAGCUGCAGUGGGGGAGGUAAAAAGCAUUUUACAGUCCUGUAGCCCCCUGGUGAUUCAAGACUUAGGAUCUGUUGUGCGUCCCAGGUCUUCGACUUCCUGAUCAUUGGCUUAAGCCACAAAGUUACUGUGCAAAAGGAGGUUGCUGCUACCUUCCCCAGUGCUAGGUACUGAUGUGCAGGAGAGGAAUCAUCAUUCUGAUGAUUCAGGAGCCAACUGUGGCAUGUUCCUCUUUGUAGGGCUUCCCACUAAGUAGUUCUGGCCCCUCAGCCUGUACACCGGAAUGAUGAUUCACCAAUGUUUCCUGUACAGACAAAAAAAGAGAGGUAGGCAUCUCAAUACUGUAAAUCCAUUUUACAGCUCUCUGUUUACAUUGAAUGUACAGCUAUGAAAUCAUUGCAACCCUUUCCUUACUGUAUGUUCAAACAUCAAAGAUCCUGCCUGUGUUUUAACAGCAGGCAAUUUUCUCUUCAUUGUUCUGAAGUAAUCAGUUUAUUACUCCCUUAUCAGAAUCUUCCUCAACCAGAAAUACAUUACCUGAAUUUGCAGGAGAUUAGGGUCAUAAGUAUAUCAUGACCUCAAUAGUUCUAAUUAAGACUCAUGCUGAACUAGUCUGUUGUUCUGUUUCUGCUAGCCCGGGGGUUGCCUUUUAUGUAAGAAAAGAAAAUGAGGCUGAAUGGUUUGCUAGAAAAGGAAGCCAAUGAACGAUCUCUACCUCUUCUCACUCCCUACAUGCUCUCCCUGCUCUCGCUACAGAGCUGAAAUUUCCAUGAGAAGUAACCCUGCACAUCAUGUUCUGUAUGUGAGGAAUAAGUAGCACAAUGACUUCAUGCCUGGUUUGGCCCUUUUUAAGUCCUUCCAAGUUGCUGCCAGGAUUCUGUAUGCUUCAACCUUGCUUCUAAUGGCUCAUUCUUAUAUUACACAAUGGAUGUUUCACCAUGGUGCUAGGUGGGUGGACCCAGACUCCUCUGCAGACUUGCUCAACAGGUCAAAAGUUUUGUAGUUUCAUUGCGUCCUUUCCAGUUUGUUGGUAGAGGAGCAUAUGGCCCUCCUUGUCGAAGGCUAAUUUGUUUGUCUAGAAAAUUAGAUGUAAAAUUAUGAGAAACAGUUGGCUGGCUUUUCCUAUUCUCUUUUUAAAAAAUUUUCCAGCUCCUUGUUCACCAUGUGCACGUACAAUGCAAACUUUUGAGAUGAGUACUUUUGCAUCUGCUUUAGCCUUGUAGUGUACUUCUAACCUGUUCUUCUGCUGCAUUCAGUGGUACAUAGGAUGUUGAUGUCCAUUUUCAAGUUUAUUUUAUUCACUGCAGAUUCAUGGCACAUUCAUGAUGCUGUUGCAGCAUCUAAAGACACUCUUUUUUUUCCCUUCUACUUGCAGCAGAGGCUGUGAUAUAGGAACGUAAGACUAACACACUGUAUCUAAACAGUCAUUCCAUCUUGCCCAAUAGUCUGUCUCUGCCAAUAUUUAGACCGGAUGCUUAAAGCCAGGGAGGAGUAACCAUGGAAAAGUAUGCAGUAAAUAAUUAAAUCCUUAACUGAUAUAUUUAGCUGUUGUCUGGACCAGACCCUUCCUGAGUUGGAGGUUACAUCUAAGCUGCUGUAGAUAAAGUGUACUUAAUGGCUCUAGCCUUUGGAGAUUCAACUAAUCCCUUUCUAAAACCACUUCAUUUUUGGCUUCAUAAUGUCUGAUAGUAAAGCAUUUACCAAUUUGUUUAUAAAUCAAAACAAAACAAAGCAAAAAAAAAAAAAAAGCCCAUUUUCCUGGAGUAAUUUUGUGCCAGUGGCAAGGUAAGUUACUCCUUUGUUCUUGUUUGAAGAGAACUGAUAAACCAUCAUUCCUUAUUCACCACCUCCUGUUUGAGACGCUACAAACCUCUGUCAAAUCAUCUCGGUCGUUUCUUUUUCUGGGCUGAAGAAUUCCUCAGUAAUUAGCCUCUCUUCCUAGAGAUCCCAUAUUUCUG